AUGGCUUUCACUCCGGGACAAGAUAUUCUCGACACUGCUAUCAUCGGCGGCGGACCUGCCGGACUGUCAACGGCGCUCGGCCUCGCUCGCCAUCUCUACCAGGUGGUCGUGUUCGAUUCAGAGAGAUACGGCAACGAUGCUGCUUCGAGCUUGCACAAUCUCGUCACCUGGGAUGGCAAGGCACCGUCCGAAUUCCGGGAGGCGGCGAGGCACAAUAUCCUUGACACGUACAGCACAGUGCACUGGGAACAGACGGCAGUGGAGGACAUUGUGAAGACGGCAGAAGGAAAUUUUCGACUGGUUGACGCCAAAGGAAAGACCUGGAGCGCCCGAACGGUUGUGCUGGCAACGGGAUCCGAGAUUCUGUAUCCCGACGAUGUAUUGCCGGGAUAUUCCGACUGCUGGGCUUCAGGAAUUUUCGCAUGCUUGUUUUGCCAUGGGUAUGAAGACCGCGGAAAGGCCUCCGUUGGGGUCCUGGCCAUCGGCAAGAACAUGGGGCCAGCGCCCACGCUCAUGACGGCGCGUAUGGCGAGAAGACUCGCUGAUAGCGUCACCCUCUACACCAAUGGCGACGAAAGUACGACUGCUCAGCUCAAGCAGGCUAUUGGAGAUCUGUCGAUCUUCAAAAUAGACUCUCGACGUAUUGUGCGACUGCGCAAGGCGGAGGAUGGCGCCGAGGUCUCUCUGGAGUUCAAAUCCGGAGAGGAGACGACAGAAGGCUUCCUGGCACAUCGUCCAGAAGCCAAGGUCCAAUCGGGCUUCGUCGAGCAGCUCGGACUGCUGCUGGACCAGUAUGGCAACAUCCAAGUCAGCGAAAUGACACACGCCACGAGCGUUGCGGGCGUCUUUGCGGUUGGGGAUUGCAGUACAUUCUUGAAGGCUGUGGCCCAGGCCAUCGCAAGCGGAUCACUCUGUGCUGGCGGGGUCAGUGGGUACCUCUCUGCUCAACUAUAUGGCUAG